CCCUUAGGCUACAUGGGCAGACCUACAAGACUGAGCAAACAAAUAGGAGGGAUGAAGAUUCUGCUGUUUCUUUGUCUAAGGAUCUUAGAUAUUAUCUGCUGCUGUUUGGUGGGGGGGAAAGCCCACUGCUCGAAGCUGUGACUAAAUAGAACAGUGGGAGCUGAUGGCUCAGGGGUUGGUGCUAGAUACAGACUCUCUAGUACCACUUCCGACUUUAAGUCUUCCUGUUAAAGUCCACUGCGGUGGUUUUCUUCCUCGAGGAACCGUUUUCUCGCAGACACUCGGCAGUCAGAGCCUCCAGCAACAAACUGGGAGCUUUGCCUUUAGCUUGGGUUUGCCCUCCAGAGACUCUGCACUUCUGUUCUUGGGCUCCACUGAGAACUUCUAAAAAUCACCCUCACCGUCGUCAGCACAAAACUAUACCUUCCCCCAGGGAUCUAAACAUGCACGGAGCGGAGAUUUGUUAAAGCAGAGAACGGGAGAGAAGAACGGAAAACUAGUGGAUGCAGCAGACAAGAGCUCUGUGCAAAAAUCUCAAACCAGUUCAGAUGUUGCUGUUUCCUCAAGUUGCAGUUAAAACAGAGCCAAUGAGCAGCAGUGAGAUUGCUACAACAGCAUCAGACGGGUCUUUAGACAACUUCUCAGGAUCAGCAAUUGGAAGUAGUGGCUUCAGCCCAAGACAAACACAUCAGUUUUCCCCACCACAGAUAUAUCCUUCCAACAGACCAUACCCACAUAUUCUCCCUACCCCUUCCUCACAAACUAUGGCUGCAUAUGGGCAAACACAGUUUACCACAGGAAUGCAACAGGCUACAGCAUAUGCCACAUACCCACAGCCAGGACAACCAUAUGGAAUCCCCUCGUAUGGUGCAUUGUGGGCAGGCAUCAAGACAGAAGGUGGAUUGUCCCAGUCACAGACACCUGGACAGACAGGAUUUCUAAGCUAUGGCACGAGCUUUAGUACUCCUCAACCUGGACAGGCACCAUACAGCUACCAAAUGCAAGGUAGCAGUUUUACAACAUCAUCAGGACUAUACACAGGAAAUAAUUCACUCACAAAUUCUUCUGGAUUUAAUAGCUCACAGCAGGAAUAUGCAUCUUAUACCAGCUUUGGCCAGGGUCAGUAUGCACAGUAUUAUAAUAGCUCACCGUACCCAUCCCAUUACAUGACAAGCACCAACACCAGUCCAACAACGCCUUCUACAAAUGCAACAUACCAGCUUCAAGAACCACCAUCUGGCAUCACCAGUCAAGCAGUUACAGAUCCCACUGCAGCAGAGUACAGUACAAUCCACAGUCCUUCAACACCUAUUAAAGAUUCAGAUUCAGAUCGAUUGCGCCGUGGUUCAGAUGGGAAAUCACGUGGGCGGGGCCGAAGAAACAAUAACCCUUCACCACCACCAGAUUCUGACCUUGAGAGAGUAUUCAUCUGGGAUUUGGAUGAAACAAUCAUUGUUUUCCAUUCCUUGCUUACUGGGUCCUAUGCUAACAGAUAUGGAAGGGAUCCACCUACUUCUGUUUCACUUGGACUGAGAAUGGAAGAAAUGAUUUUCAAUUUGGCAGACACACAUCUGUUCUUUAAUGAUUUAGAAGAAUGUGACCAAGUUCACAUAGAUGAUGUCUCUUCUGAUGAUAAUGGUCAAGACCUAAGCACAUAUAACUUUGGAACAGAUGGCUUUCCUGCUGCAGCAACCAGUGCUAACCUGUGCUUAGCAACUGGUGUUCGAGGAGGAGUAGACUGGAUGAGAAAGUUGGCCUUCCGCUAUAGACGAGUAAAAGAAAUCUAUAAUACCUACAAAAAUAAUGUUGGAGGUCUUCUUGGUCCAGCCAAAAGAGAAGCUUGGCUCCAGUUAAGGGCAGAAAUUGAAGCUCUAACAGAUUCCUGGUUAACACUUGCACUGAAAGCCUUGACGCUGAUUCACUCUAGGACAAACUGUGUGAAUAUUUUAGUAACAACUACUCAACUUAUUCCAGCCCUGGCAAAAGUCCUGCUGUAUGGAUUAGGAGUUGUGUUUCCAAUCGAAAAUAUUUACAGUGCAACAAAAAUAGGAAAAGAAAGUUGUUUUGAGCGAAUAAUUCAAAGGUUUGGAAGAAAAGUUGUAUAUGUUGUUAUAGGAGAUGGUGUGGAAGAAGAACAAGGAGCAAAAAAGCAUGCAAUGCCAUUUUGGAGGAUCUCAAGUCACUCUGACCUUAUGGCUCUUCAUCAUGCCUUAGAACUGGAGUACCUGUAGCAGCCUGAGAGCACUUUGAAAUUCCCCCACACCCUUAUGUCCAUGGACCGUAUACAGGAGGCCUGUAUCUUGUGACAGCAUUGGACUACAGAAAUUCGUGGUCUCCACAUGCAGAUACGCAGCUGCAAGUGGUCUUAACCUAUGCCCUUUCAGUAAACGGAGGACCAUGCCUUUUCCUUCAGAACAGCUGUCGAUUCUAGUACUGUGAAUCCAAUGGGAAAAAGACAAAAGCCAUGCGAAUGUCCUAACCAUGUGUCUCUGCCACAUUAGCUACACGGUUCAAACCUGUGAAGGAAGAAAGACCCUUAAAAUGCUUUGAUUCGUAGCAUCUUCAGUGUGACAGAAACUGCUUCUUCAGUACAGCAAACUUGAUUGCACAAUGAAGACUGGGAUUGCUUUGUUUUGUUUUUUCCUUUCUCAAUACCAAUGGAGUAAUUUUCUUGUAAAGAAGGUUGACUUUGGGGUGUCUCCUACCCAGGGUACUCUGUACAUCUCUACUUAUUUAUGAACAGACUGUGUUUCUGACAUCAAGUAAAUGGAAGGACGUUUGAUAGGAGUUAGGUGCUUUCUGACCUCAGCCUUCUGAUAGACACAGCAAGUACUUGGAUUUUAGCACAUUGCGAAGUAGAUUAAAGUAUGUCUAAUUUAAACAGAUGUGUACAUCACUGAGACAAUCAUGUACAGGAAGAAUUUUUUGUGUAAAUUUGUAAUAAUGGAUGAUUCUUUUACAUAUUGUUUAGGGAGAUGCUAUUGAAAGGUAGAAAUGCCUUGUUAGUGAAAUAUAAGAGGCAUCAUGGGCACAAUGUCUCAUGAUGCACCUUAUUCAAAGGGUUGGCUAUAAAUAUGUAGAUAAUGGAUUUUUUUAGAUAAAUUUGUCAAGACCAAAAGCAUGGAUGUCAAGUGUCAAUCAGGAUUUUCUUUUUUUUUCUAGCUGUUUUCUUUCCCUCGGUUCUUCUGCGUAAAUGAAAAAGGCCUAUUAGGACAUCAUUAUUAAUAGCAACAUGCCCACAGCACCUCCUCCCCCUGAAGUUUCUCAAAAGAGUUGAAUAAGGAAACCCAAUACCUCCCUUUUUCAAUUUUAGCACUAAUGUAUUAUAUGUAGCUACUUGAAAAAAAAUAAUCAAAUGCCUCAUCCCACAGAAAGAAUGUAGAAGCUGGAUAUAUUUUAUUAAAAUGGUUUAUGGGUUGGAGUCCAUCAAAAUUUUCAUGUAAUCAGAAAAUCAAAAUCAUUCUAGUGUCUGCAUUGUUUUGUUAAGGAAGGAAGGGAAAUACCAUAGUUCUAUGGAAUUGAGCAAAAAUCCAUACCCAAUCCUUACAUUUUCCUUCUUUUCCUUUUCUUUUCUUCUCUCUCCUCUCUUCUCUUCUUCUGCUCUCUUCUCUUCUCCCUUCUUUUUUCUCCUCCCCUUACCUCUCUUCCUCUCUCUUUUUUCUCUUCUCUUUUUUUGUUGCACCGUUUUCCAGAAGUAACUACACAACAAAAUUGUUUUCACCAAGAAACUGACAUUUCUAUCUACAUUGGGGAUAAACAUACAUCUAGGAAGUAGGGGCUGUCAUAUUUCUCUACCUGGAAGGCAAUUUCUGUGUUAGAGUAUUCAUUUUAUCAGUAGACCCCUUUUCUUGAUGUGUUUCUUACCCUUUUCCUCAAAUCACUCUAUUGAGGAAUUCAUCUCCUCUAACUCCUUGAAAAAAAGCACCAGCUAACCAGGGAAGCUAAAGAGCACCUCCAUCCACUUACUGAGGAUUCAUAUUGCUGCUACUAGAAUUAGUCAUUUGUGAAUUUCCCAAAUUGUUUAAUUACCAACCAUAAUAGACUUUUUUUUUGCCUAAAACAAAGAAAGAUUGACAGAAUUUUUUUUUGUCUUGCCUUUUCUUUUCAUGUUUCUGUAAUCAGUAUGCAGACUGGGGGAAAACAUUUCUUUUUCUUUUUUUCCUGGGCCUUACUGUACUAAAAAAAAAAAAAGGUGUGUUGUGUCCACAAUUGUGUACAGGAUUUUUCUUCAUUUAUUUUGUGUUUAAAUUAAUAAAAUUGAUUUGUGAAAUAUUGAA